AUGAAAAUCACCUCUGUCAUUCUGGGUUCUGUCUUCAUAUGUUCAGUUGUGGCAUAUGACUGGGAGGGUCUUGACUAUGAGGACAACAGCUUUGAAGUGGUCAAGGGUGAGGAAAAGGCACAGUUACCUGGUAUGUGCUGGGGAUGCAAGUGGAUCUUAAACAAGGUCAAGAAAUCCAUCUCUAACGGCACCACACAGGAUGAGAUUCAAAGGAAACUAAAGGCUGCUUGUGACAAAAUAGGGUUCCUCAAGUCUGCCUGUAAGGGUUUUGUUAAAAAAUACAGGACUCUGCUGAUAGAGGAGCUCUCCACCACCGAUGACGUGAGGACCAUCUGUGUCAAUGUCAAGGCCUGCAAGCCAAAGGAACUCAUCUACAUGUGAGACACAAAAGGGAGGACAACUUGGGAACCCCGGAAGACUCCAUUUCAAUUGUUAACAAUUAUUGUCCAGUGUAUUUCAUUAUCUGCAGUUGUUAAGGACAUCAUCAGCAUUUUAAAAACAAGUUGGAUUCAAAUAAACUUUGUUUGCUUAUAUUUAUAUAUUAAAUUAAGCUAUAAUGUGGUACAAUGACUUUACAGAGAUUAUGAGAAAUGUUACA